CCCCCGCCCAAUGGCGGCGCUGGCGGCGGCCGCGCGGCGGCGCAGGCAGUGGGCGCGCGGCGCUCCCCGCCCGCCGCUGCCUCCGUGGGGCCGCCCGGGCGCGGCGCGGACGAUCCUUCCGCCGGGAGGCAGACAUGGCCAUGCCCAGUUCCCUUCUGUGGGCUGUGGACAUUUUCGGGAGGGUUUACACUCUCUCCACUGUUGGCCAGUACUGGGAGCUCUGUAAGGACACACAGCUGGAAUUCAAACGGGUCUCUGCUGUCAAACAGUGCUGCUGGGGAAUAGCCUGCGAUCACCAAGUGUACACCUACGUGUUCUCGGGUGACGUCCCUAUUAGAUACCAGGAGGAGACCUAUGAGAAUCAGCGCUGGAAUCCAGUUGGUGGCUUUUGUGAGAAAUUACUGCCCAGUGACCGCUGGCAGUGGAGUGAUGUGAGCGGGCUAAAACAUCAGCAACUUGAUAGUUUCACACUGCCUUCACCACACUGGGAGUGGGAGUCUGACUGGUAUGUGGAUGAAAAUAUUGGAGGGGAACCAACAGAGAAAGGGGGCUGGACUUACGCCAUAGACUUCCCCAGCACCUACACAAAGGAUAAGAAAUGGAAUUCUUGUGUCAGACGCAGGAGGUGGAUCAGAUACAGGAGAUACAAAUCACGGGACAUUUGGGCAAAGAUCGUGUCACAGGAUGAUCCAGGUCAGCUGCCAGACCCUUUCAAUGACAUCUCUAUUGGAGGAUGGGAAAUCACCGAUGAGCCCCCUGGCCGUUUAUCAGUAUGGGCGGUUUCUUUACAAGGAAGGGUAUGGUACAGAGAAAACGUCUGCCAUCACAAUCCAGAAGGUUCCAUGUGGUCUGUAAUCACCACUCCUGGGGAAGUUGUACAGAUCAGCUGUGGACCAUAUGACCUCCUGUGGGCAACUCUUUGGGAAGGGCAAGCUAUUGUGAGAGAAGGAAUUGAUAGGAAUAACCCUCAAGGAAUUUCCUGGAGUAUUGUGGAGUCUCCAAGCUCUGAGAAUGGGAUUAUGCACGUCUCUGUGGGUGUUGAUGUGGUGUGGUGUGUUACAAAAGACAGAAAAGUGUGGUUUAGAAGAGGAGUGAACUCACAUAAUCCCUGUGGGACAAGCUGGAUUGAAAUGGUUGGAGAAAUGAUGAUGGUUACUGUAGGCUUAAAUAACCAGGUCUGGGGAAUCGGCUGUGAUGAUAGAGCAAUUUAUUUUCGUCAAGGUGUCACACCAAGUGAGCUGAGUGGGAAGACGUGGAAGGCAAUUGUAUCUGGCCGAGAGAGUGACAGGUCUCAGACCGGGAGCUCAACAAGUCUGCUCAGUGCUGGCUGUUUCUUUACUGAUGAUAUUCAGAACCAAACAAAUGCGAUCAUUCAGGGUGAUGCAGAUGCUUCCUCUGAUACAGAGCUUCCAAGCGUACCCAUGAGCCUCGCCAACACUCCCCCGAUGGGAGCUGCGGGCAGCCAGACAGCAGAGAUACGUGCACAUUUGACUGCGGAUCCUCUGGACUCUGGUCAAGGAGAAGCCACUGUCGCUUCGACUAGUAAUGAGAAAGCUAAUCUUGAAAUGCGUAAAUCUUCUACAAACCCAAGUCCUUCUGCAGAACUGCAGUGGACAAACAUUGACUUGAAGGAGGCCCAAAAGCAGCCAGUCCUCUCCGUCAGCACCUUCGCAGAAACAUCCAGCCUGUCUUCCCUCGGCAUGUUCUCGGUGGGACCUGAAGACCAGUACGGCGCCGAUGAGCACCCGCUGUGGGCCUGGGUGUCUGGGGGAGGCUGUCUCGUAGAUCUGCACAGCCCACUGAAAUGGUUCACUGUUCCCUCAGGUUUGUCGUCCUCCGUGCAGUCUCUGUCUCUGUCUGUCACCCCAGCGCAGACAGCAGCGUGGCGAAAGCAGAUUUUUCAGCAGCUCAGCGAAAGGACAAAGCGGGAGCUGGAGAAUUUUAGGCACUAUGAACAGGCUAUUGAGCAGUCGGUUUGGGUUAAAACUGGGACCUUGCAAUGGUGGAGGAACUGGAAGCCUCAUAAAUGGAUGGACGUUCGAGUUGCACUGGAGCAGUUCACUGGGAGCGAUGGAAUGCGUGACAGCAUCCUGUUCAUCUAUUACAUGUAUCAUGAGGAGAAAAAGUAUAUCCACGUAUUCCUGAAUGAAGUCACUAUUAUAGUUGAAGUUCUGAAUGAAGCCAAACACUCCUUUGCUCUCUAUACACCCGAGAGGACGAAGCAGCGAUGGCCGAUCCGUCUGGCAGCCGCAACAGAGCAAGAAAUGCAUGACUGGCUGUCUCUGCUGAACAUGUCCUGCUGUGAAAGCAGACGGAUUCAAGGCCCUCCUUCUCACCAUGCCAUUUGGUCCGUUACUUGCAAAGGAGACAUCUUUGUGAGUGAGCCGAGUCCUGAACUGGAGGCCGGGCCACACCUGAUGCCAUGCGAUCAAAUGUUUUGGCGUCAAGUUGGAGGUCAUCUUCGACUGAUAGAGUGCAAUAACCGAGGCAUAGUGUGGGGCAUAGGCUAUGACCACACAGCGUGGGUUUACACUGGCGGAUACGGAGGUGGCUUCAUUCAAGGACUGGCCAGUAGUGCUGAUAACAUUUAUACGCAGUCAGACGUGAAAUGUGUUUACAUCUAUGAGAACCAACGGUGGAACCCAGUCACCGGAUAUAGCAGCAGAGGUCUGCCCACGGACAGAUACAUGUGGAGCGAUGCCUCGGGCCUGCAGGAAUGUACAAAACUCAAUACCAAGCCUCCUUCUCCGCAGUGGUCUUGGGUAUCCGAUUGGUACAUUGACUUUAAUACUUCGGGCGGAACUGAUCGGGAAGGCUGGCAGUACGCAGCAGACUUUCCAGCGUCCUACCAUGGUCACAAGACAAUGAAAGACUUUGUCCGACGGAGGCGCUGGGCGAGAAAAUGUAAGAUAGUCACCAACGGGCCGUGGCUGGAAGUGCCUCCUGUGACCCUGUGGGACAUCUCCGUAAUUCCCAGCGCAGACGCAGAUGGCGAAGAAGCAGUAGCGCUGUGGGCAAUCAGUGACAAAGGAGACGUGCUCUGCAGGCUCGGAGUGACACAGCAAAACCCAGCUGGAACAUCCUGGCUUCAUGUGGGAACAGAUCAGCCCUUCAUCUCCCUCUCAGUGGGAGCCUUUUACCAAGUGUGGGCUAUUGCUAGAGACGGCUCUGCCUUCUACCGGGGCUCGGUGUCUCCCAAGAAACCGGCAGGUGACUGUUGGUACCAUAUUCCUUCACCUCAAAAACAAAAGUUAAAACAAGUCUCAGUGGGACGAACAUCUGUGUUUGUGUUGGAUAAAAACGGCAAUCUCUGGUACCGGCAGGGCAUCACACCCAGCUACCCUCAAGGAUCUACUUGGGAUCAUGUGUCAAACAAUAUCCGUAAAAUGUCUGUCGGGCCCCUGGACCAGGUCUGGGUGAUAGCUGACAAAGUGCAAGGAAGUCACAGCCUGAGCUGCGGGACCGUCUGCCACCGGACGGGGGUUCAGCCGAUGGAACCCAAAGGCCUCUCGUGGGACUACGGCAUCGGGGGUGGAUGGGAGCACAUUACAGUCAGAGGAAACGCAACUGAAGCAUCGAGGGUCGCUGUGUGUGACGCUCCUGAGGAACACCCCGCGGGAUCAAAGGAGUCGGAAGAUGAGGAGAGUAAAGGGAAAAGGGAGCUCUCUAAAACCCCUCUGAUGGUCAGUGAAAGUCAAGAGCUAGACAGAAAUGCUGUUAAUUGUUAAGUUGUCGCCACCUACACAUUGCAAACAAGCGUAGUCAUAUAAUUUAAAAAGAAACUAAAUGUCUAUUGCCUGGAGAGAAAAACAUGACCUUUUUGUGCUACUAAUACAUUUUACUGAACUGGAAUUCGCAAUGAGGUAUUUUAAAUACUGAUUCCUUCCACUACAUCAUGUGUAAAAUGUGACUUGCUAGAGCUACUAGUUUUGUCAAAGCAGGCAAGCUUUUUAGCCACACUGAAUUUCUGACCCUUUACUGUAGCUGCUACACAGCCAUACGAAUGUGAAUAUUUUUGCAGAUAGAUCACUUCAUUUACUUCUUUUUUAAUGAAUAUUGCCGUUCCCUUCCUUACCUUUCUCUCGUGGUCACACACCUUGCACGCUAUUCUUCAGGUUCAUAUUUGAGCAGAGAUGAAGAUGUCAGAGCUGAAUUACAGGCAGGUCCAGGGAUUUGCACUGCAAACAGCUGGUCCUGAUGGUGGAGGAUUUAUACAGGCAGGUGACUGCUGAGGUGAGCCCUGCUUACAGACACGUACCGCUGGGGCCAUGCUGCUCCUGCUCCGGCAGCAGAAGCAAAUUCUACAGCUCGGCUUAGGGUGCAGUUACCAGUAAGGGGCUAUCCUUGCUCACAAUGAGUAACACCUUAAUCAAGAAGUGGAACCACUGGUUUCAGCGAGACUGUAUAGAGAGCGCGGUCCUGUUCAGUCUACGUGACAAAGUCUCUUCCUCAAUUGUCAGCCCCAGCGGUGGUCAGUCGUGUUGUGUCUCCGUCUCACCUGGAGCCACGGCAAUGGAGGCACACGGCUGCAGCUGCCUGCCUCCUGAGGCGGAGGGCACCCGACGCCUGGGCCGAGUUCUGGGUCCCUGCAAGUGGUGCUUUCCUCGUGUAAAAGCCAAGAGGAGGUCGUCAGUCGGGUUCUGAGGGAGAGCGGUGGGAAUGCAGGACAGUACUGGCCUGUGCUGACGUGGGUUCAGAAUGCAGCUCUGCCCUUUGGUUUUAGUCAGUGAUUGAGUCAGCCCUCUUCAACAAGAAGCCACUUUCUGUUCGCAAAAGCUUUUUUCCCCUGUCUUACCAUAAUAUGACUGUGAUGUGAAAUUACUGUUUGAGAUCCAGUCCUUGGGAAGUGCUGAAAAAGCCUCUCCAACAGCUUCAGGAAGGCACCAUGUUUUUCCCCUGGCAGCAGUUUACAAUCGUUUUCGCUCUCUGUGCGUGACUGUACCUGGAGUUAUUUUUAUAUGAUGAGCAGUGUGACGUGGUCUCAGUACUGUAUUUGUAGAAGUAAAACUUAUGUUUGCACGUAUUUAAAGAAUAUAUUUGGUAUUCUAAUGCCAAGAAAAGCACUGUUUCUAAGUCCAAAUGUGAACGAAGAGUCAAGAUGCUUUACUGAUUAAAAACCCCAUGUUGAUCUCUCCCGUACGUGAUUAGAGGUUUCUGGUUUAUACAUGCGUUGUGGGAGUACCAUAAAGAAUAUGGUUGCAUUAAUGACCGUAAUAGGUUUUGCAUAACUUGCACAGUAUCUUGUCCAAAUAAAUAACUUUACUACAUGUAUUUUUUAGAGAAUUGUUAGGAUUGUAUUUUCUCUGCAUCGUAUCAGAAAUAUUUUUUUUGUUUUAAUAGUCAGUGUUUACAUAUGCAACAAUCAAACUGAUUUCAUACAGUAAGCUUUAUAAUGUACCUUUGCAUUUUCCCCUGCAUUGCCAAGUUUCCCUUGCUUUACUGUAAAAAGCUGGGUUUAAGUGAACAAAAGAUAAAUUAUAAGUUCUUUCUGUUUGAGUACUAAAUAUUUGCUUUCUAAAACUAUUCUUUAGAAAACUAUUUAAUUUUAAAAAAUAAUGUGUUAUGGCUGGUUAAAAUAAGCAAAAGUUACAUUAAAUUGAAGCAAUUUUGAAAAAUAAAAGUAAUUUAUCCCUUUUGAUGUGUCCA